CUCUACCCUUCCAUAGCUCAUAUUAUACCAUCCCUAGAGUUUUAUCACAGAAGAAUUACUCUUUUACCUAAUAUAUCCCGUUUCGCCGUACUACUGAGUGCAUCAGACCCUAAUUGACGAGACAAGCGAUCCAAGACAUAAAACUUGGCACCCUCCCGCGAAUUAUGUCGGCACUGCGUGACGUGCACCUACCAGCAUUGACGCUGACAAAAGCGCUCGUUUUGAUAUCGAAACCGACUUGCCAGACCGUUUCACUCCAAUUCUCUUCUCUCCCCAUACACCUUACCAUCCAUGCCAAUUCGCUUACUUGAACCCUUCCUCUUCGAUAACAAUGUCAUUGGGACAUUUCCCACUGAGAUCUUGCGCCAUGCGCGCGUCGGGAUCGACGUGGAGCAUUACGUACAAAAGUACCUCUACAACAAGCGUUUCCCGUUCCUCGAAGCUAUAGGCGGGGCUCCACAGGCGCUCUUCCGCCAGCUUGAUACGGACCUUACACUUUUCAAAGAUCUUGGUAUCACGCCGACGUUUGUGUUCAGCGGAAUCUCUGUGUUGGCAAACCAGCAUGCGCGUGACGCAGCCGCGCGUGGUAUCGCGUUGACGCCGGCUGAGAAGCACCGCAGCGACACGUGGAACAAGUACUACGUGGGUGCAAGUAACCCUGCAUCUGAGCAUAUUGAAGCAUUCCGCGAAUACAACGCGCCGCCGAGUAUUUCACCAUUCUUUCUUGACAUUGUACACUUUUUCCAGGAGCGAGAGGUGCAGUACAUGGUAGCGCCGUACUCCGCAUGGGCGCAGUUGGCAUACCUCUACACGGAUGAGUAUGUAGACGCGCUCUUUGGGCCUACGGAACUUCUCUUUGCAGACAAGGUGGACAAGUUUAUCGUGUCACUUGACACACCUGCGAAAGAGUUUCGUUUUGUGGACAAGCGCCGCCUUUUCCUGGAGUUCCAGAUCCACCAGCGGCAGUUCAACCAAGCAGCAGCGAUGUGUGGCUUCGAUGCGCAGCCUGAGGUUUUGCCGUUUCUUCCACCGGCCGCAUUUGUUGCACCAUUCAAGUACUGCCUCGAUCUUCUCUACACGGGAGUGGACUUACACCAGCACGUGCUCAACAUGAACGACCCGCGGCUGGCAGAGAUCUUUGAAAAAGCAUUACUUGCGAUCCAGCUCGCCCCAGUGAUGAAGCUGAAUGGGUUGGUCGAGCUUGCGAUAAACGCCCCGGAGCCGGCACAGGUCCCCAACGAUGCGCAUGAGAUCAUCAGCCAGCGCUUGCCAUCUGAGUUACUCUUCUACCAACGCUAUGGUUUGAUCCGUCCGAAGAUGUUGGAGGCGAUUGUGUUCGGCAAGAAGGAUGUACGCCCGCCGUUUGCGGGUGGCUCCACCAAAUCCUAUCGUCAGCUCAUAGCAAGCAAUGUAGACCUCAUCGACAAGGAAUUUGGCUUGUUGACUGGCUUGUUGACGCGCUAUUACCAGUUCAAGAAGAUCCCGUUGAACUUGUGGUUCGAGGACGGCAGUAAGGCCGUUGAGUUGAACACUCGCACGAACCCAUCGGCUUAUUUGCGCGUGCGCCACUGGUACGUCAAGACGGAGCGCACGGACUUUAGCUUGGUGGAGUUCCUUGGAGACUUGAACGACGAUUAUCUUGCCACGCACGUCAACCGCGAGAAGAUUGAGGAAGAUAAUUUGUUGAGUUCCUCCAGCGACAUCGUUUCGACCGCCUUGCUCAGAGCGUUAGACCUCAUGGGGUAUAUCCAGGAUGGCAAGUUGACCGCAUGGGGGCAGAUUUUGGCCGGUACUCCUGGUGAUGAGCUGUUAGUGUACCUCCUCCUCUUGGUCAAGGCUAAUGUCUUGAAGCUCUCGGACCAGUUCACCCCGCGUCUCCAGCACUUUUCCGAAACCAAGAAACACAAGCUCUUGCAGGCCGUGGACCUGACGUUCAGGUGUGCUACGUUCACUGCAGCCGAACAGGAGAGCUUGAUGAUAGUCACACGUGUGUUGGCAAUGGUGGAGACCUCGGUACCCAAGCCGGUAUCGUACCAGGGCCCGAUCUCAAAGUCGUUGUUGGCGUUCCGCAGUCAUGUAGAAUUUAUCCAAGACGCGUUCCGGUCCGUCGUGGAGGUUGCCACCGUCACAUCCUUAUGCAACAGCGAAACCAACGUCAGGUUGGUAUAUAACGAUAAGGACUGGAUGAAGUUGAGCGCGCAGUUACCGUUCGGCAAGUGCGUUGCUAACACCACCAUGGGUGCGUUGGUGGAUCUCUAUGCAGAGCUUGUCAAGAACAAUGCCGGUGACGUUGCCAAGGCUAAGGAGCAGCUCAAUUUGGUGUGCCAGUCCUCCUACAUUCAGGUUGCGGAUAUUGAGCGGUCCUUAUUUGGUGACGGGCUCCGUUUCUGGGGCGACUUUAUGGAUUCCAUUGAACGUAUCCGUACUGCCAACUUAAUCGAUUCUGAGUACCACCUGAAGCUUAUGGAGGCCGACAAGUGGUUGAAAUCGAUUGUCUAGUAAAUAGCUUCAUACAUAUGGAGAGAAAAUAAAGGGAGUUUUUUUUUCCGUUAAUCUACAUGAAUAAAAAAAUGCAAAUGCAGUAUCAGCGGAGACUUGCAGAUUAUACAGUGAAAGUGGGUGUUGUGUACGGGAGGGAGGUUAAGGAGUUGUGAUUACCCUAUCUUUUUCCAUUAACAGCACAUUCUAUCCAGAAAUCCCUGCUGGAGGAACUGAACCCAGUAAUUCCCUCUCAGACAUUUAUUUACUAUUUUAAUAGAAUCUUCAUUCUUGGCUGACGUCAGGCUACCGGAGCUGGUUUAGG